AUGAAUCCGCGAAAUCAAAUCAUCUCUCCAGGGUUUUCCUUUUCUGUAGAUCCUAUAUAUAGAGCAUGUCUGAAGUUGCCUAUGAUACAAAAUAAGUACAAAAUGGGUAACAUACUUCAGCUUGCUCGAAAUGCUGGAGCUUCAGCUCUCUGUUUUUUUCGAAGUUGGAGAGGAAAAACAGCGAUGUCUGAACGAUCUGAGAUGCCUCGGGUGAAACUCGGAACCCAAGGACUCGAGGUAUCAAGGCUAGGUUAUGGCUGUAUGGGGCUUUCUGGUGUCUACAAUAAUCCUGUCCCUGAGGAGGACGGAAUUGCAAUAAUCAAAGAGGCAUUUAGUAAAGGCAUUACAUUUUUUGACACAUCGGAUGCUUAUGGUGCGAAUCAUGCGAACGAGUACUUGGUGGGGAAGGCAUUAAAACAAUUACCUCGAGAAAAGAUUCAAUUAGCUACAAAAUUUGGUGUAGCUGGAUAUGAUGCUUCUGGAGUUAUAGUGAAAGGUUCACCUGAGUAUGCCCGCUCUUGCUGCGAGGCAAGCUUGAGGCGUCUUGAUGUGGACUAUAUUGAUCUUUAUUACAUACAUAGGAUUGAUGCUACUGUACCUAUUGAAUACACCAUGAGAGAACUUAAAAAGCUAGUCAACGAAGGUAAAAUAAAACAUAUUGGGUUGUCCGAAGCUCAUCCAGACACAAUAAGGAGGGCUCAUGCAAUUCAUCCUAUUACUGCCAUACAAAUGGACUAUUCCCUUUGGAUUCGUGACAUUGAAGAAGAAAUAAUUCCACUUUGCAGGAAACUUGGGAUUGGAAUCGUUCCAUACAGUCCCUUAGGUCGAGGGUUUUUUGCUGGGAAGGCCGUAGUGGAAAGAGCAGAUCCAAAUAGCUCACUGCCAAACCACCCAAGGCUUAAGGGAGAGAACUUUGAUAAGAACAAAGUCAUAUAUUUUCGUAUAGAAGCGUUAGCCAAGAAGCAUGGAUGCACUCCUGCUCAACUUGCGCUUGCAUGGGUUCUUCAUCAAGGAGACGAUAUUGUGCCUAUUCCAGGCACGACCAAAAUUAAGAAUCUCCAUGACAACAUUGGUUCUGUCAGAGUGAAGCUUACAAAAGAUGAUUUGAAAGAGAUCAUCGAUGCGGUUCCCAUCAAUGAAAUAGCAGGGUCGAGAAGUUCUAAUGAGGCUUUUCAUCGGAUUACAUGGGAAUUUGUUAAGACUCCACUCCCAAAAUGA